AUGAAUACCGUGUUCAUAAUUCUGUCUGUGAUUACCACUUAUAUCGGCUUCUCUGAAUGCAACAUUGCGACACCAAUAUCUGCUGAAAGAGUGAGCAGAUACUGCUAUUAUUGUUCCAAUUGUCCACGACCGUUCACUUCUGCCAGCCCAUGGGUUACACAGGUGCCUUCAAACACCGGUUGGUGUGCUAUGAUGAGCACUACGAGUUCACCUGAUGGAAUUUAUACUCGAGGUGUUGCUCAGCCAGGUCUCUGCACUUCUAAUGGGUGUUCGUGGAAGAAUGUGGGUGGAGUCACUACAUGGGUUUGCUGUUGUGAUCAAGAUCUAUGCAAUGCAUAUGUUCCACUAACUUGUUACUAUUGUAGCACUUGUCCACGACCGUUUACUUCUGCCAGUCCAUAUGUUACACAAGUGGUUUCAAACACCGGUUGGUGUGCUAAGAUGAGCGCUACAAGUUCACCCGAUGGAAUUUAUACUCGAGGCGUUGCACAACCAGGUCUUUGCAGUUUUAAUAGUUGUUCAUGGAUGACUGUGAGUGGAGUUACCACAUGGGUUUGCUGUUGUAAUCAAGGUUUAUGCAACCAGUAG